AUAUUUUCUCGUUUAUUUCCAGUUAAACCCUCCGGAAGAACCGUUUCCGAGUCCCGCCCGCCUGCCCAGCGCUUCAGCUUUCUUCUUCUUUCUUGCUUCCGUCUCUCGGGAAAGAAUUUCUUUCCCUUUCUUUCUACCCACUGACACUGUCUUCUCCUUCCUUCUCUUCUCUUCAGCUGGACUCUUGUCUCUAGGGUUUGUUCUUUACUGUCUCAGCUCUCGCCGCCUUCCCUCUCUCUCCUCUAUGGUUCGCCAAUUUUAGAUUCUUCCAAUUGCUUCAAUUCUGUACCCUAGAGUUCGGGAGCCUCCAAAUCUUAGUGCUCCGAGAUGGAGGAAAGGAGCAGCGGCGCCGGCGGAGGAGGAGAGGAAUCGUCUUCUUCCAGGACCACUCCUUCGUACGUGAAAUUGGGGGACAGGCAGAUUUUCACGGUGGAGCUCCGGCAGGGAGAGACGACAUUCGUCUCGUGGAAGAAGCUGAUGAAGAUGCCAACAAGAAUUGCAGUGGAUCUGCGCCAGUUCCGGACCCGCCUCCUCCGGCCAACGUCCACCCGAACCUGGAGUCUCGUAUUGCGCCGGGACAACGGGCAGAUAAUGAAGAAAAUGAUGAUCCUCAUCCUCAUCGUUUCAGUGCUGUUAUUGAGAAGAUUGAACGCCUUUACAUGGGGAAGGAUAGCAGUGAUGAUGAGGAUUUGAAAGAUGCCCCCGAUGAUGAUCAGUAUGAUACAGAAGACUCUUUUAUUGAUGAUGCUGAACUGGAUGAAUAUUUUGAAGUUGAUAAUUCUGCAAUAAAGCACGAUGGAUUCUUUGUCAACAGGGGAAAACUUGAGCGCAUAAGUGAGCCUGCUGCUGUUCCUAACCAGCAACCAAGGAAAAGGAGGAGAAAAGAUUUAAAUAAGGCUCCUUCUGACAGUGCUGAUGUUAAUGUACCUAAUAAAACAUGCUAAGAUUGGAAAAUCAGCAGUUGGAAAGACGGUGCAAUCACUUGGAAAGAACUCCUCUAGCCCCUCUCUGGAUUUGGUUAGAUCAGGGGGAUACAAAGAAGAUGUGAAGCCUCAUGAUCUAUCUGGAACUUCUUCCAAGAAGAAAUAUGAUGAGUCUAAACUAUGCUUGGAUCCAUCUUCAACUUCAACCACAAAGACGUCAAAUGGUGAGACUUCAGCAUCAAUGUUAGAAGGGAAGGAUGUUCAGAUGCAGAAGCCUGGAGGUCUCCAAGCAAAGAACCUUGCAAAUAAGUCAAAAGAUGCUAGUGGAUCUUUUGUUGCUUCACACCUCAAACAUCAGAUUCCGGAUAAAAAUGCUUAUGGACAAAAUAAGUUGCAAUCUGUAAAGCCUUUUAAUAAUGUUGAAGAACCUGAAUCAUCCGUCGAUCAAAAGAAAGAAAUGGCGUCAGAAUACUGCCUGACCUUAAUAGUGCUCCUGAUGGAAAAAUGCAUGUGCAUGCAACAGUAAGUGUACGGAUUUUACAAUCUGGUGCUCUGUUGUUUAAAUAAUUUGCAUAUCCCAUCUGCAUUAAAUGACUUAGUCCUACUGGCAGUAGCUUUUUCUUUUGUUUUCAUUACAAAUGGUGAUAUAUGUGUGGUACCUUUGUGCUCGAUUACUCUGGGAUUCCCGUUGAAAGUUAUGGUUAUAAUUUUUUGUCUGGUCCUUUUUCAACUUGUGUUGCUCAUGAUAGCAGACAUCAACUGUCCACAAAAGAGAUGGUUCCACGUCCGGUCUAAAGGCUCAAUUCUAGAAAAGGCCAUCAGGGAGCUGGAAAGAAUGGUUGCAGAAUCAAGGCCACCUGCAAUUGACAAUCAAGAUGGUGAUGCUUCGUCCCAAGCAAUUAAAAGAAGAUUGCCUAGAGAAAUAAAGCUGAAGCUAGCCAAAGUUGCCCGACUCGCGGCAAGCCAAGGGAAAAUGUCAAAGGAUUUAAUAAAUCGCCUCAUGAGUAUCCUGGGUCACUUAAUACAGCUCCGGACUCUGAAGGUAUCUGUUGGAAUUCUUAUCAACAGCUCCAGUUCUGAGAAACUUAAAAUCAUGGUAAACUCAGGGUUGUCAGCAAAGCAAGAGAAAGAUGAUAAGUUUCAAGUGAUAAAAAAGGAAGUUGCUGAGAUGAUCAAGACUCGUGUCCCAGCAUUGGAGUCCAAGGCUAUGGAGCAACAAGCUGGAGCAUCUGAUGAUUUUCAAGAUCUUAAUUCAGAAAACAAAGGAGUUGUGAAACGGAAAUUCAGCAUGGAUGCUGCGUUGGAGGACAAAGUUUGUGAUCUCUAUGACCUUUUUGUUGAUGGACUGGAUGAAGAUGCAGGUCCACAUGUCAGAAAGUUGUACAUGGAGCUUGUAGGGCUGUGGCCAAGUGGUGCCAUGGACAAUCAUGGCAUUAAAAGAGCAAUAUGUCGGGCAAAAGAUAGACGAAGGGCCAUUUACAGCCGAAACAAGGAAGAGGAGAAAAUCAGAGGGAAACAGUUAAUGCCAGCUAGACCGGAGGAAGCUGUCCGACCUGGUCCGAGUACAGCAUCCCAGACGCAGACACAGACGCAGAUGCAGCAGCACGCGCGUGAGAGAUCGACUAGCGAUACAGGUGGUGGACCUGUGUUGGCUUUGGCUAGCAAGCCGAUGUCCGGUCUGUCAGCGAUCACUCAGGGAACCAGUAGCAGUGUCUUGGCAAGUGCCCAUAAUCCGGAGAGGCCAAAGCAGGACAGGGCGAAAGGAAGUGUUUCCAUGGAAGAAACGAAAGCGGGAUUUGCUGCUGGUGAGGGAGUUCCGUUGAAGAAAAAGGUGAAGAGAAAGCCAGAAGCUGAACUGGAUCAAACCCACCUCCGGCCAGAGAAGACUUAUCUGCAGUCGAGCGAUGAAAGACACAAGUCGGUUAAGGCUGCUCCAGUGGUUUCCCAGAAGCUAAGCCUUCAAUCUGCUGUCCUGCCGCCGCCUCACAGUUUCGAACAAUAACAGAUUCAAGUACAGUUCAAUGAGACGUAGCAAAAGGAAUCACAGCCAUCAUUGUAACAGUGCUCCUUUCUUCUUUUAUUUUACUUUUGGUUUUUAGAAUUUUUGGUCGCCUUCGUUACAGGGUUUCACCAUUCUGACUAGCUGAUUUUUCUUUCUUAAGUUACAAUUUUUGUAAUUAAAGGUGAGGUGUUAGUUAUGUCUAAAAUCUUGGUAUGGCAGAAUGCUCAAUGCCUUUGUAGUUUGUUCACUUCGUGCAAAUGUACUGUUUGAGAUGUGGCUCAAACAAAUAAUUCCGAUUUCUUAUUAAGUCUCUAGUUUUUCUUUUUCACUGUUGUUUCCUUUCUAUCUCAUUUUUUUCAUUUUCACGAGUCUGCACUAUUUUAAGGUUUCAAAGCCUUUUAGUGUAACAGAUAAUGACUAC